CUAUCUGGCGGUGGCGGGGGAAAAGGUUCGCGCGAACUAGGGACUAGUUCCAAAUCCUUUUUGGUGUGAAACCAAAUCUCCCCCGUUUAUCGGCCUAGUUCGGAGGGAAAAGUACUCCGGUGUGAAAGCGCCAAAGACCUUACAUGUGAAGUUUGAACUGAACUGCUGGCUGGAUCUGAAUUUCAACAUGUCACACAGACAUGAAGAGUCAACAAAUGACUGUCCAAUGAACUGUUAGCAGGGGGUGGUGCCUCAGCAGGUGGCCGCUGACCUGCAACAGUUGGUACCUGAAGUCAGGAGAGUCUAUUGUACUCAUUAACUCUCAAUAAAGACAGACAUGGAGCUCGGCUCAACGGUUAGUGCUGUGAGGAGUCAGAGGGUGCUGCUGGGGGACGAAAUACGUCCUGCUGUCAUCCUGAUAAAGGAUGGGAAGAUUCAUCAGAUACUCUCAGACAUUUCUGUGGACGUUCCCUGUGAGGUGUUGGAUGUGGCUGACAGUGUGGUGAUGCCCGGCAUCGUAGAUUCCCACGUCCAUGUGAAUGAACCGGGCCGCACCUCCUGGGAGGGGUUCUGGACCGCCACCAGGGCUGCUGCAGCUGGAGGGGUGACAACCAUUGUGGACAUGCCACUAAACAGCAUCCCUCCGACUACCACACUUGGCAAUUUUCGCGAUAAGAUGAAGGAGGCGACAGGGAAGUGUUUUGUGGACACAGCCUUCUGGGGAGGUGUGAUUCCUGGCAAUCAGCUAGAACUUCGGCCCCUGAUGGAGGCAGGAGUGGCUGGCUUCAAGUGUUUCCUCAUCCACAGUGGGGUGGAGGAGUUCCCCCAUGUGACGGACUGUGAUCUGCACGCAGCCAUGCAGCAGCUGCAGGGCACAGGAAGUGUCUUGCUGUUCCAUGCAGAGAGGGAUGUCCAGCAGACAGCAGAAGAGGAUGGCGACCCUUCCCAGUACUCCACCUUCCUGAAGUCCAGACCAGAUGUAAUGGAGACGGAAGCCAUUCGCACCGUCACAGAACUCUGCCUCGAGUUCCAGGUGCGCUGCCACAUCGUGCACCUGUCCUCUGCAGAGCCUCUGAAGCUGAUCCAGGCUGCGCGGCAGGCCGGAGCGCCCCUGACCGUGGAGACCACCCACCACUACCUCAGCCUGUGUGCUGAGAACAUACCUGCAGGCGCCACACAGUUCAAGUGCUGCCCCCCCAUCCGAGGAUCUGCUAACCAGGAGCAGUUAUGGUCUGCACUGAAAGCUGGGCAGAUUGACAUGGUGGUGUCGGAUCAUUCCCCCUGCACCCCCGAUCUGAAGAAACUGGAGAGAGGAGACUUUACUGAGGCAUGGGGAGGAAUUUCCUCUCUACAAUUUGGUCUGCCUCUGUUCUGGAGCUCGGCCAGUAAGAGAGGCUUCCAGCUGAGUGACGUGGUGAGGCUCCUCAGCCGGAACACAGCCCAGCUUAGUCGCCUUGACAACCAGAAGGGCUGCCUCGCCCCCGGUUACGAUGCUGACCUGGUCAUAUGGGACCCUGAGAGAGAAUUUGAAAUUACAGAAGGAGGCAUACAUCAUAAAAACAAGCUCACUCCUUACCUUGGCCUCAGUCUGCAGGGUGUGGUGUGUGCCACGCUGGUCCGGGGUCAGCUGGUGUACAGAGAAGGCUGCUUCUGCCCCGAGCCUUUGGGCAAGCUGCUCCUCAUCCCCCCGGAAAGAUCGCAGAAAUAGCAACAAGCUAUAAUGAAAUCAUACGUAAUUAAAGUACUGAUAAUAAAAACGAAUUCAUACUUAUUAGUGCCUUCUUUUUCAGGAAUUUGAGACCACGUUAGCACACUUUAUCACAACAAAAUCAAACAAGCUUUCCAGAUUGUGUGAUUUGCAUCUGCAUGUGUUCACAAUGUGUUUGCAUCUGUAAAACCUUAAUAUGAUAUGAUUCGUGCCAUGCUCUUUUUAUUUGAAUAAAAGCCUUCAAAUGGA